AUGCCCUUCAUCCCGAUCGCGGAUGUCAAGGCGGAAGCGCUCAAGUCGCGCACUGCAGAACUCUCGUGUGCAUCACUGGGAGGUCACGUCCUUUCAUUUUCCGACGAAUGGUUCGCCGAAGCGACCAAUCUCAUUAAACCUGGUCCUGCUGAGUCCUUGGAGGGCCAGUUUGGUCCGAACGGCGCCUUGUAUGAUGGCUGGGAAACACGACGUCAUAACCCUACGUACGAUUGGGUCAUAUUGCGGUUGGGGCCCAACGGCGGCAGCUACAUUGCCGGCUUCGAUGUGGAUACAAGCACAUUCAAUGGCAACGAAGCGCCGACCGUUGAGAUUUACGGCGCUAACACGGAGGAUGCUUCCCUGGCGUCGGAUGAUCAACGUUGGGAGCUACUUCUUCCCCAAACCCCUUGCGGACCUGCUGCCCAUCAUUGGUUUGAGCAGGACGACGGCCAAGUCACAUCGAAGAGCUACACUCACAUCAAGCUGCAUAUGAUCCCUGAUGGUGGUAUCUCACGGUUCCGUGUGUUUGGCACUGUGAACACGCCAUCGGUGGGGCAUGCAGUGAGUGAGGUGACUGCGGAUGACAAACCGGAACUCAACACACUCGAUUUAGCCCAUGUCCUUAACGGCGGCCGUGUUGUUUUCACCAAUGACCAGCACUUUGGCGUGGGAUCGAACCUUAUUCUCCCAGGCCGAGGAAAGGAUAUGGGUGAUGGAUGGGAGACCAAGCGAUCGCGUGUGCCCAACCACCGCGAUUGGGUCGUGAUUGAAUUGGCUGAACCAGGUGUUUUGGACCGCAUCGAAGUGGAUACACUGCACUUCCUAGGCAAUUUCCCGGAGAGUUUCCAGCUUUGUGGCUGCGAUUAUAGUGGCAAGGACCUGGUCCCCCCUGCGCACGACGAGCUAGAGUCCAAGCAAUGGCAUCCAAUUGUGAGUCGCAGCAAGCUGGGACCGGGCCGUAUUCAUGCUUUUGACGUGCUGGAUGAUGCCAAGAAGCGUGUCACUACGCAUGUCCGUCUCACGAUUUUCCCUGAUGGAGGUAUCAAGCGUCUCCGUGUCAUAGGCCGCCGUGUGCGUGCCUUGCAAAAGGCAGGUAUUGACAUUUCGUCCGCUUCAGCGUUGGCCGCCCUCCCUGCCUGCGCGUUGCCUUCGACUACCAGCACACAGCCUGUCAUUCGUGAAGCUGAUGAACUCUCGCCACAGUCCUUUGCAGCGUAUGGCCAAGUACUCUUUGUCCCGGAUGCCGAGACCAUUCCCCCUGGUGGCGUGAAAACAGUGAAUCAAGGCACUGCGAAAAAGUACUGCGAGCUUGCGCAUGUAGUCAAUGCGUAUCCGUCCAGUGAGAACAUCAACACGAACAUUCAUGUGUAUGUGAGCACUCCACGGGCGCCUCGUACGUCGCUUCUGCCUUUCCCUGUGAGUGUGCUGGAGCGACACCAGUACACUACGCAGUUGUUCUUCCCGAUUUCGAGUCCGAAUGGCGCUCGUGCAUCGGGUCAAGAGGGCUACCUUGUCAUUGUAGCAUUGCCAGGCAACGAUGGACAGCCUGACCUCCAGACACUCAAGGCGUUCUGGACCGAGUCUGAUCAGGGCAUUUCGUACCAUCCAGGUGUAUGGCACCAUCCUUUGGUCGCUACAGGCACUACUCCUACAUCAUUCGUGUGCGUUGUAAAUGAAUGUGCAUCACAGCCCAAGUUGGACUUGGACGAAGUAUUUUAUCACUGA